UUUUUUUUUUUUUUUUUUUUUUUUUUUUUUUUUAAAUAAUAUAAUAAAGCUGGUAGUUGAUCUACAAUGAAAUUAGGUUAGUUUUGUAUUGAAAAGUAGCAAGUAUGAUAUGAAUGCUAGUAUAGUAUAAUCUUAUGUUAAUUAGGGUUGAAUUAGGGGAAAACAUUUUGGAUUUUUUUUUUAUUUUUUUUAUUUUUUAUAAUGGUUUGAAUAUGAUUUGUUAGUAAUUUAACUUUGUUUUGAAAGUCAAGACUGGUAUCUUGUAAUUGAACCGAGCUUUUAAAUGUCGAGGGAGAACCGAUGUAUGUUAUGAACUACAAAAUAAUAGCUAAAAGAAUUGUGAGGAAACUCGUAUCGAUUUUGGGUUUAAAAGGUACCUUUGAUUUCUAGAGAUGUUAAUUUACCACUUGGAAGGGGGUAGAAAAUACAUAUGUAUCAUAACGGUUUCGAAUCUCUGUAUGGAGUGGGUAGAAAUUAGGGGUGAUAAGAUCACAUGAUGGGUGAGUGGUUGAAGCAUAAAAAUAACAUGACAAGUUAUAAUUGUUCCACAUUGGUAUAAAGAGUUUAGGGGGACCCGUGAGGUCGGACUAGUAGUUUCGCCAUGAAUGUGAUAUGGAUCGAGAAUUUGUAGGCGUGCAAAAAAAAGUAAGUCAUAAAAACAUUAAAUUUGGCUGACGAAUGAUUGAGAAAUUUACUAAAUAGCUUAAAAGAAAGUUUUGAUCAAGCCUUACAAAGGGAUGAUGUGAAGGCCAUAGUGGUUACAGGUGCUAAAGGCAAGUUUUCUGGUGGUUUUGACAUAAGUGCAUUUGGUGCACUGCAGGAAGGGAAAGCAAUGACAACUGGACUGGCAUCAAAACCUGGUUAUGUAUCAAUCGAUAUUCUGUCUGAUACCGUGGAAGCUGCAAAGAAACCAUCUGUUGCUGCUAUUGACGGGCUUGCUUUAGGUGGAGGAUUAGAGGUUGCAAUGGCUUGCCAUGCUAGAAUAGCUACUUCUACUGCUCAGUUAGGGUUGCCGGAACUGCAGCUCGGUAUUAUUCCUGGAUUCGGAGGAACUCAACGGCUUCCACGGCUUGUUGGUCUAGCAAAGGCCCUUGAAAUGAUGUUGACAUCAAAGCCAGUUCGCGGGGAGGAAGCGCAUAAUCUAGGGCUCGUGGAUGCCAUUGUACCAGGAGAUAAAUUGCUAGAAAACGCUCGCCAGCUGGCAUUAGAUAUAUUAGCCCGUAGAAAACCAUGGGUUUCAAGUCUUUACAGAACAGAUAAAAUCGAGCCCCUUGGUGAGGCCCGCGAAAUAUUGAAUUUUGCUAGAGCUCAAGCACGCAGACAAGCACCCAACUUACAACACCCACAAGUUUGCAUUGAUGUUAUUGAAGAGGGCGUUGUCUCCGGCCCACGUGCUGGAUUAUUGAAGGAAUAUGAAGAAUUUCAAGUUCUUCUAAGGUCGGAUACUUGCAAGAGCUUAAUUAAUGUCUUCUUUGCCCAACGUGGUACUACCAAGGUGCCGGGGGUCACUGAUCUCGGUUUGAAGCCAAGACAAAUAAAAAAGGUUGCUAUUCUUGGCGGAGGUCUAAUGGGAUCAGGAAUAGCUACGGCUUUAGUUCUAAACGGGUACGAAGUUGUCUUGAAAGAAGUCAAUCAAAAGUUCUUAGAUGCUGGAUUAGGCAGAGUCAAAGCCAAUUUGACAAGCAGUGUUAAGAAAGGUAAGUUGACUCAAGAAAAGUUUGAGAAAACCAUGUCUCGUCUCAAGGGUGUUCUCAACUAUGAAAGCUUUAAGGAUAUGGAUAUGGUGAUUGAGGCUGUUAUCGAGAAUGUCUCACUGAAACAACAAAUAUUUUCGGAUUUGGAAAAGUACUGCUCUCCAAAUUGCAUACUUGCAAGUAACACCUCAACGAUUGACUUGAAUCUAAUUGGUGAGAAGACAAAGUCUCAUGAUAGGAUAAUUGGCGCACACUUUUUCAGCCCGGCUCACGUGAUGCCACUGUUGGAAAUCGUGCGUACAUCUAAAACGUCACCUCAAACAGUGGUUGACUUGUUGGAUGUUGGGAAAAAGAUUAGAAAAACGCCAGUUGUGGUUGGGAACUGCACCGGUUUUGCUGUUAACAGGAUGUUUUUCCCGUAUACUCAAGCGGCUCUUUUGCUAGUAGAACGUGGGGCCGACAUAUACAAAAUUGAUCGAGCUAUUACAAAAUUUGGAAUGCCGAUGGGCCCGUUUAGAUUGUGUGAUCUUGUUGGUUUUGGUGUUGCGGUGGCAACUGGGUCACAGUUUGUUUUCAAUUUUCCGGAAAGAACGUAUAAAUCUAUGCUUAUUCCGCUUAUGCAAGAGGAUAAAAGAGCUGGUGAAACAACCCGCAAAGGUUUUUAUCUCUACAAUGAUAGACGCAAAGCGAGUCCUGAUCCCGAAAUAAAAAAAUACAUUGAGAAAUCAAGGGAAAUUUCCGGCAUCUCAGUUGAACCUAAGUUUGCGAAACUAUCAGAUAAGGAUAUAAUAGAGAUGGUAUUCUUUCCUGUUGUGAACGAGGCGUGUAGAGUGUAUGCCGAGGGUAUUGCAGUAAAAGCAGCUGAUUUGGAUAUUGCCGGUGUUAUGGGAAUGGGAUUUCCACCUUACAGGGGAGGGAUUAUGUUCUGGGGCGAUUCGAUCGGAUCUAAGUACAUAUAUGAGAGGUUGAAUGAGUGGUCGAAGAUGUAUGGGGAGUUCUUUAAGCCGUGUGACUACUUGGCUCAAAGAGCUGCACUUGGGGCUCCUUUGAGUUCGCCGUUGGAUCAAGCAAAGUCGCGGUUAUGAGAUGAAAUGGACGUCGUCUACUGGGUUUCAUGUAUGUUGAACUGAUUAAAGGUGGAGAUGAAAGUUGCUUUAUAUUGUGAUAAUAAUAAUAGGUUGAAAAGUAGCACCUUGUUUAUGUUUAUGAUGAUGUUCACAACAAUGUAAUGUUUUGUGGACUUAUCAAAGAAACAGUAUUAAUGAACGUUUGUAUCCUUUAGAUCAUAUGCUAUAUGAAUUCACUGUGUUACACCA